AUGAUCUCGCCAGCUUUAGAGUAUGCUGAACUCCGCAGGAGCUAUAAGUUUCGGGAACCGAAGGCUAAAGUCGGACGAGUUUGUGAAAAAAAUUGGGAGACAUUUCGGCGCCAUAAGCAGCAGCAGGCGCCUUCCGUCGGUGGGCAACCGAUAAGGCUUGGACAUUUCGAGGAGGGUGCGCCAAGCCUUGUGCGUUCCGAGGGUAUACCGGUGAAAGAAAAAUGCGACAUUUCUUCCCCCCGGUAUGUUAGGGGUAACUCGGCCGGUUUUUUUUUUUUUUUUUUUUUUUUUUCGUUGUCUUUGCGACUUUCUGGUCACGUGCCUUCCCUGCAAGCAAUAUAUCGAGACUGGCCAACGGCUACAGAUUCCUUUGUGUCAAUAUGCAAACCUGUCACUGCCUAUUUAAGCAUUCGACCUUCAAUGGCCCUGUGCGCAUGCUCAAUCCAGCUCCGGUCAUUUAAAUUCGCUGGACAUGAAUUCAUGGCAUGUUUCUUCUAG